AUGGCAAACACAUUUAUAGAGCAGAUUAGAGUCCUGCAUGAAGAGGUGGAGCGCCUGGAGCGGCUGAUUGUGAAGGACUAUCGCCAGGAGGGCGUCAAGGGCCACCGCGACAAGCUCAUGCAGAACCACCGCGUGCGAGCGCGGCUGGACCAGAUUGCGGAUGUGUCGCGGAAGCUGCUGCGCGCCUACAAGGACGGCGAGGACGAGUGCGAGGCGCGGCGCGAGGAGAUCUCGGCGCUGGGGGCGGUGGACCAGACCAGGGUGUUCGCCAACUUCUACGAGCGCCUGAAGGACGUCCGCGACUACCACCGCCGCUUCCCUGUGCAUGACGUGACCGGCGCGGAGGACGACAGCGCGGCCAUUAAGGAGGAGCCCGCGAUCCCCUUCACAGGGGAGGAGGGCCUCGGCCGCUACCUUGACAUGCACGAGCUGCACCGCGCCUUCACCAACGCGCGCUUCGGCCGCCAGCUGGACUAUGUGGAGUACCUCUCAUCCUUUGCUGACUUCAGCACGGCCCCGAAGCACCUGAAGCUCGGGCAGCCCUACAGGCAGUACGUGCAGCAGCUGCUGGACUACCUGAUCUCGUUCUACGAGCGCACCCAGCCGCUCGCGCAGCUGCGGCGCCAGCUGGACAAGCUGGAGGAGGAGCUGAGGGGCCAGUUCGAGGCGGGGGCGGCCCCCGGGUGGGAGGACCAGGGCGGAGCGCAGGGCGGCGCGACGGCGGAGGAGCUGGGGGUUGACCUGGAGGCGUUUGACUCAGUGGAGGAGGUCGAGAUCAUGGGUGCUGACCGCCUGAAGGAGGCGCUCACCACUCUGGGCCUCAAGGCCGGCGGCACCACGCGGCAGCGCGCGGAGCGGCUGUACGCCGCGAAGGGCCGCCGCCUGGACGAGCUCGACCCCAAGCACUUUGCAAAGGGCAGCGCGCUCGCCGCCGCCCGCGACGAGGCGGCGCUCGCAAAGCGGCGCGCGGCGGCGUGGGAGGCGUGCGCGCUCGAGGGCAAGGUCCGCCGCCUGGCGGAGCUGCUGGCCAACGUCGUGAGCGACACCAAGGGGCGCGUGGAGAAGAAGCAGGCGCAGACCUAUGAGGAGAUGCUGGCAGAGCUGGAGGAGGCCGAGGCCGAGGCGGGCGCGGCGCCCGAUGACGAGGACGACGAGGACGAGUACGUGUACAACCCCCUGAAGCUGCCGCUCGGGUGGGACGGGAAGCCGAUCCCGUACUGGCUGUACAAGCUGCAUGGGCUCAAUCAGGAGUUCAAGUGCGAGAUCUGCGGGAAUUUCAGCUACUUUGGCCGCCGCGCGUUUGAGCGCCACUUCAAGGAGUGGCGGCACGUAAACGGCAUGCGCGCGCUGGGCAUCCCCAACACCAAGGACUUCUACGAGGUCACCAAGAUCGAGGACGCCAUGGCGCUGUGGAAGACGCAGCAGUCGCGGCAGACUGGCGGCUUCAACCCCGAGACGGACGAGGAGCUGGAGGACCAGUUCGGAAACGUGUACAACAAGAAAACGUACGAGGAUCUGCGGCGGCAGGGCAUCAUAUGA